CGCAGGCGCGGGCCCGCUCGCGCCCCCGGUCCCGCCGGACGCCGCCCGGAGCCUCGGAGCGCGGUGGAGAAUUACAGAAAAAUGUUCACUUCCCUGGAGCUGAUGUUGGACCUGCAAUGGACUGGUGUUCCUCUGUUACUGGAUGUCCAGGAAGCACAUGCUGAGCUUACAUUGAGAGACCACAGCUGAGCCCAUCUCAGAGAUCUCCCUUUCAGAACUGGAGUCAAGACAAUGUGUUGCCUCCUUUAAUUACAGUCUGAAAAUUAGUUUCAGAAAAAUCCAAGAGUCCAUCAAUGACUAAGGUCUCUGUUCUCAUGAUUUAUGUGAUUUGCUUCUCCUGGAGCCAUGGAUGAAUACAGCCGCUUUGUGGACUGGGACAAAAUGGAUGUGAGUGCCCAGAGCCAGGAUACAAAAGAGCUCACCUGCACAGACUUCCAUGAGCUCAAGCAGCUGGCCCGGCAGGGCUAUUGGGCCAAAAACCACUGUCUGAGAGCCAAAGUGUACCACAAACUCAUCAGCAAUAUUCCAUGCCGUACAGUGACCCCAGAUGCAAACGUGUACCGGGACAUUGUGGUGAAGAUCGUUGGAAAACGCAACAGCAGCUCCCUUCCACUGCCGGAGUUCGUGGACAACAGCCUGAUCCCCACGUACUGCCUGAACGCAGAGGGCGUCGGGGCCAUCAGGAAGAUCAUUCUGUGCAUCGCCAAUCAGUUCCCGGACAUCUCGUUCUGCCCAGCAUUGCCUUCGGUGAUUGCGCUGCUCCUGCACUACAGCAAGGACGAGGCUGAGUGCUUUGAGCAGGUCUGUCGCAUCCUGGCUUGCAACGACCCGUCCAAGCGGCUCAUUGACCAGACCUUUCUGGCCUUUGAGUCCUCCUGCAUGACCUUUGGGGACCUGGUGAACAAGUACUGCCAGGCAGCCCACAAGCUGAUGGUGGCAGUGUCUGAGGAUGUGCUGGAGGUGUACUCGGACUGGCAGCGGUGGCUCUUCGGAGAGCUGCCCAUGGCAUACAUUGCGCGGGUCUUUGACGUCUUCCUGGUGGAAGGGUACAAAGUUCUCUAUCGUGUUGCACUGGCUCUUCUGAAAUUCUUUCACAAAGUCAGAGCUGGGCAGCCCAUGGAGUCUGAGAGCAUCCAGCAGGACAUUCGAGCCUUCGUGAGGGACAUUGCCAAGUCAGUGUCCCCAGAGAGGCUUCUGGAAAAAGCCUUUGCUAUCCGCCUUUUCUCUCGGAAGGAGAUCCAGCUCCUGCAGAUGGCCAAUGAGAAGGCUUUGCAGCAGAAGGGCAUCACGGUCAAACAGAAAAGUCUUGCACCUCCCAAAAGUGACCUACAGAGUCACUUCAUUCAAAAUGCUUGGCACCAAGGCACCUACAGCGAGUUCCAGAAAGCAGUUCCCAGUGUCUCCAAGCAGAAUGUGCAUUUGGCAGUUCACGCUGAGAACUUCAAAUCAGAAAUUGUCAGUGUGAAGGAGAUGCGGGAUAUCUGGUCAUGGAUCCCAGAGCGAUUUGCACUGUGCCAGCCCCUCCUGCUCUUUACCACCUUGGAACAUGGCUGUAGUCUGAGCAGGUUCUAUUCCCACAGCGAGGGACAUGAACCGACUCUGCUUCUCAUCAAGACAACAGCAAAAGAAGUCUGUGGGGCUUACCUGUCCAGUGACUGGAGUGAGCGCCGGAGAGGAGGAAACAAGCUGAGUUUCUUUGGAACUGGGGAGUGCUUUGUGUUUAGGCUGCAGCCAGAAGUGGAGCGCUAUGAGUGGGUGAUCAUAAAACACCCAGAACUUGCCUCGACUGGAUCAGAGACAGAAAACCAUACCCAACCAGCUUCCAGCACCCUUUCCUCCAGCAGCAUCCCCUCAGACCCCUCAGAUCGCCUUUCUCCCUUCUUAGCAGCUAGGCACUUCAACUUGCCUUCCAAAACAGCCUCCAUGUUCAUGGCUGGCAGCAGCGAGUGCAUCAUUAUAGGAGGUGGUGAUGGCCAGGCUCUGUACCUUGAUGCAGAUCUGAACCACGGGAGAACCAGCCACUGCAACACUUUCAAUAACCAGCCACUGUGCUCUGAAAGCUUCCAGAUCUCCAUCCUGGAGGUAUGGGGCUUCAGGGACACCAUGAAUGGUUGAUGUGACUAUCAUUAAUCAGCUAGUCUUUCAGUUGUCCAAAGUAAAUUUUGAUACAGGAGCUAAGUUAGAACAUCCUUUCUGCUGGGCUCAGUGCUGUGAGUCAUUCCUAAGUAGUGGACUUGGAUGCAGGCCUAGUUGUUUACUUUUAUUUCAGACAGGUCAAGGUGAAGUAAUGUAUCUGGUUAAUUGCUUGUCCCUUUACUUCUAGAGAUUUGCUUUCGAGGGACCGUUAGUAAAAAUGAAAACGUGAUGAGUUCUGAGCCAUGCUAGAUGGAUACAAGUCCAAAUCAUGGGAUAGGUUUGAGGCAACAGUUCCUUGGAGGCACAACCCUGGCUGAGCUGUGCUGCAGAGCUCUGAGCCACUGACACCAGUACCUGGCCUGAGCCAGGAAUAUCAGAUGUUUCCUCACAGGGAACACUGGUGACUUCAGAUUUGACAUAGAACAGCAGUUGAUAAAAUCACAGCCCUCCUAUGAGUAGACGUUGUGUAGACAAAUCAGUACCAUUAAGUUAUGAAGCUCUUCAUUCCCACCAGAACCAUGGUUGCUGAUCUUGUACCAAAACCUUUGACAUGUUCCAGUUGCAUAUGUUUAAGCAGUCUGCUUCUGAGAAAGGCAUCCAGUCUGGUGGGUGAUAUCUCCAAGUCUUGAUUUUGUUUACAUUCCUAUUCCAUAUCCAUGUGAUGACUUCAGAGCAACUCCCUGUGUCAGGCAGCUGAAAGCCAGAGAGUAUCUGCAGUUCUCAGAAAUGUUUCUUUCCUCAUCUUUCCUGGGAGCUGAAAUUAAGCUUUAAAUCUGAAAAUAACUGUGCUGAUACCCCUAUGUGUUUGGGGAACUAGACAUGGUGAUAACGGGAACUUAAUCCUCUCCACAAGUAAAGAGAGGAAGGCAAAGAGGCAAAUCUGGGAGGGAAUGAGUUUCCCAGGAGAACUGGAGGCAACACUGUUGCUCAAGAUGUCUUCCCAGUGAUGAGAUCCCUCCAGAGAAGGUAACAGUUUUCUUCCUGUGUUUUCUGGUACAGUUUGGGUGAUGCAAGGAGGCUUUGCUCAUUCUUGAGCAUUCCUACAUUCUCUGCAGGCAUGCCCUGUGGCAUGUGUAUUGUGGAACUUCUCCCACAUGAAGCACAAAUACAUAAACAUCAGUGAGUAGUCCAGAGCAUACAAAAGGAUGCUCAGAGCUUCAGUAAGUAACUCACUAGUAAGAUUUAUCACAACAGGGAAAAUAAAGGGAAAGAUAAAUUGCUGAUUUUAACAGUUCAAUCUAAAAAAUGGCUGUAGAGUGGGAUUGCUACUUAAUGUUAUUAAUGUUAUAAUUAAGUAGUUAAGCUUUAAGUUCAUUAAAAGGAAAAAUUUAAAUGAAUAAUUUUAAAAGCUAGACUAGACAGGGUCACAUUCAUAUUCCAAGACCAGAGGUGAGUUUUUGGUCAUGUUGGCUUGUCCAGCUGGCCAGCCAUGACAGUACCUCAUGGCUGGGUAGAGUUGCCUCUUGCAGAUUAUGUGAAUAAACUUGGCAAAAAUAAGAUUUGCUUUUUAAGGUGCCACUUUGAAUUUUUGUCAAAAUAACUCUUUGGAAAAUUAGCCUACGUGCAGAAAAGUUUAAGAUGUCUUAUGCACCAUUUGUAUUUGCAAUUGGAUUCUCUAACCCUGUGAGUCAGCAUUGGGCCUCCCUUUCUCCUUCCCACGCAGUGAAUUUGCCCAGUUGUCUUUUCCCAGGUUUUCCAUAAGCUUCAUUGAGCUGCAAGAGGUAAUUCUGUCAUACUGAUAUAUUUUGAUGUGAAAGAGCUCAGUCAUAUCUGGCUUUUUGCAAACACUGGCUGAUGCUGCCUUCUAUUUUUCCAAGCCAUGCGUGUCACUUUGCCCUUGCAGGUAUCCCACAAGGUUCCUCAGAUAAGUCACUCAAAAAGUAUAGGUUCUCCUUAGUGUAUGUGGGAUUUCUAUUUGGUUUGCAUCUCCUCUUUUGAGCUUGUCUGAGAAGGUGUCCUUGGGAACAAAAAAACAACUCGAAAACACAAUAGAAUUAAUUUCCAGCUUGUUGUCAGAAAUUCCCUGGAUCUGUGUUGGUAGGAUUUGUUGGGGUGUAAUGUUCUACUCCAAAUGAAUAAAUUUUAUCUGCAAAAACUUGGCUGCAUCUGGCAGUGUGAUGGGAUUUCCUCGCUCCCAUCCCUGCCAGGUGCAACUAUGUCAAUACCUUGUCUUAAGCCAUAUCUAAGAAACGUUCCUCAGAAACAUGUUCUUUUCCCUGCUCUGUUCUUGGUGCACAGUGAUUUGGGUGUUUGGAAUCUGAAAUAACUCCUGGUUGCUCAGAAACUCCUCAUAGGAUAUGAGUGUGAGAAUCCAGGGAUCAGUACUGGACACAAGGCACAGAACUGGUUUGGCUUGAUAAAGCACUGCCCUGCCACAGCCACCCUGUGGGACUGGUCUGUGUGGUUUGAACUGGAAUAGCCUGGAUGAGCAAGAAGCUGCAAUAAUCCAGGGAGUGCACUUCUACAGUGCUGCAGCAACUUCACACAAUCCUUGUGUUCAGUAAAAAUGGAUAUUCCUUGUCAUAUGCAAAUCCUCAUCCAUCAUUCCUGUUGUGGUCGUGAGACACCUUAGAAGAACAGCGUUUUGGCUUGGUCAUCUUUCCAGUAGCAAAGAGGUAUUUUUCCUAUGUGUGUAGUUAAUGGUUGUUGCUGACCAACUAUCAAAGUUCAAAUCCUUUGUAUUAUGCAAAGCUCUUGAGAUGGAGGCCACAGACUGGUUUUGAAGACAAUGACUCCAAUGGACACCUUAUCAGAAAGUGGAGUUAUCUCAAGUACUCCAGCCAUGAAGUGCUUUAGUCAGUUGUUACUUGCAGCCUGAACAACUCUUGAAAGCUGUAAUCCCUGUUUGUGGUCCUGCUGGCAGCAGUAAUAGUGCCAGAGUCACAGGAUGGGCUUGGGCUGAGAGCUGCAGGCUGGGCGUUUGUCACCACAGUUCUGCGAGAGCGUCUGUGCUUUCCUGAGAAGCUGCUUUUUGCUUUGUCGUAUUCCUUGAAGGCAGAGAAGAUGAGAAACUCCUUACAUCAGAAACCUGACUUCACUGUAAAUGGCAGCCAAGCUGUUUGCAGGCCACGGGAAUUGUAUCCAGCUGCAGCAAGACUGGACAGAUUUCACUGCACCUGAGCUGUCUUUGCUGCAGCUCCUGCACUUUGGCAUGCUCCUUUUUCUGAUGCAACAUGUUAAUCAACCUCCUGUUAAUAGAGGCAAAUUAGCAAAGGGAAGGGGAAAAUUCUCAUUUCCUCUCUGGUGACAUAUCUGAAGUCAGAAUGGAGAGGGGGGCCAGUACUAUUCUUUGAAGAGUUAAACCAUGCCAGUAGAGAUCUGUGGUGACCCACAGAGGGGUGACAUGUGCAGAUGCAUCAACUGCUCUUCAUAUGUGUGUAUUGAAAUUUUGUACUUUGUUCUUGGAAAUUCAUCCUCAUUUUUGGUGGGGUGUGAUCUCCUUUGCCCAUGGGCACACCGAUGCCACAGCCAGGAGCUGACCCUCAACCAUGGCACAGCAAGAGCUCGGCUCAGCAAGUGACACUGAGUCAGGCUGUUGGGUAUAGAUGAGGCGUGGGCACCUGGCUGUUCUGCAGCUCUCUGUCAUGAAUUUUAGACUAUUCAUAGUCAGGUUGAGUGUGUGUAUACUAUUUGAGGGAAUCAUUUCUUCAGAUGAGUGGUGGUGUGCUGCUGAAUUGGUUUUCUACCCUGUCUUGGAAUCGCUGUCCUACAUCAAUGGUAUUUUUGUCACUGUGCAGAAUCUUGGAUUAUAUUAAAGGUAUUUGUCUGUG